AUGGAACAAAGUUUACGAUUCUGUUGGUAUUUACUUCCGACUUUAUUGGCAUCGAUAACAAAAUAUGCAGUUCGUUUAAUUUUAUUACCGAUUUUCAUCAUAUUUAUUAUUGGUCAUGCUGUGAAAUAUUUCAAGAAAAAGUCUAAAUUGCGUAUCAAAUUAUUACAUAAAAGGCAAUCAAUAACUCAACGAAUGGAUCAGCUGAAGGAACAUCUUUCAUCCACGAAAAGCACAUCAUUUAUUGAUUUACUAUCAGUUACAGAUCUGAAUUUAGAUACUAUUCAAGAACGUUUAGUUGAAGGCAAAUUUACAUCAGUUGACUUGUUACACGCUUAUCAAAUGAAGGCUUUACAAUUAUAUGACUCAGGAAACUCAGGAAUAUGUGAAUUUCUUGAUGAAGCUGAGGAAUUGGCUGUUGACCUUGCUAAUUUGAAUCGCUUACCGACAAGUAAACAAACAUUGGUUGGUAUUCCUGUUAGUUUAAAAGAAUUGUGUUCGAUCAAGGGAUAUGAUAUAACGUUUGGUUUGAUAAACCGAUGUAAUAAACCAUCACAUAAAGAUUGUUGCAUAGUGGAAGUACUUAGACAUGAAGGAGCAAUACCUUUUGUUCUGACAGCAACUUCUCAAACAGCUCUAUCUCUGAGUGGAAUAAAUCCAGUGUUUGGUGAUAUGUCCAAUCCUCAUUCAUCAGAACAUGAAACAGGCGGAAGUUCUAGCGGUGAAGGUGUACUUUUAGGUCUACGGGGAUCUCCAGUUGGAAUUGGAACAGAUUUGGCUGGAAGUAUACGAAUUCCUUCGGUGUUCUGUGGUCUUGUUGGUUUAAAACCAACAACUAAUCGUAUUAGUAGUAAAGGUGUAGGUGGGAUCGGUCAUAAAAAGUCAAUAUUAUUGAGAGUAUGUGUUGGACCAAUGGGUAGAAGAGUGGAUGAUCUAGCUAAAUUAAUGCGUACACUUUUAACAACAAAAAUGUUUCAGAUGGAUCCGUAUGUGCCACCAUUACUGUUUAAUGAUAUGAUCUACGCGGGUAUAGAUAAGCCGAAAUUGACAAUCGGAUAUUAUGUGACUCUAGAGGAUCCACUAAUUAUUACUAGCGUUCCAAGUGUUCGAAGAAUAGUGAAUGAGUCAGUGGACAUUCUAAGACAACGCGGUCAUAUAUUGUUACCGUUUCAUCCACCUAACAUAAAAUGGGCUUAUGAAUUAGGUAUGAAGGCGAUUUCUGUUGACACAAAAUAUCAUGUUCAAGAGGCUUUGUUUGCAGAACCACUAAAUGAACACACUAA